CGGAGAACGAAACGAAGCAUAUAAAAAAUGGGGCGAGGACUUGGAGUGGCCAAGGCACUGAAGAAGCAGUUCGGCGUCGUCUUUGAUGUGGAUGGCGUUCUGUUGCGGGGAAAGACACCGAUCCCUGGAGCCGCGGAUGUGUUGCAGCAUCUGCAUGAUACCAAAACGCCGUACGCAAUCAUGACCAACGGAGGAGGCGUCACGGAAGUCAAAAAGGCCGAGCAGCUCUCGGAUAUCUUGAAGUUUGAGAUCCCGUCGACGCAGCUGUGCCUAUCGCACACACCCAUGCGGGAGCUAGCAUCCACAUACGAAAACGACAUGGUGCUCGCCGUGGGCAAGUCUUGUGACAAGACACGGGAAGUAAUGGAACACUAUGGCUUUCGCAAUGUUGUGACAGCGUCCGACUUGCACUCGCAUUUCCCCGCCAGCUACCCCGACAUCUCCGUGUCAAAGGUGCCGCAUCAUGGCAAGUUCGACGCGAACGACUUCCGAGCCGUGUUUGUGCUCAUGGAUCCCAUCUACUGGGGCCGCGAGAUUCAAAUCAUCAUGGACGUGCUGACAUCCCACGAGGGCAAGUACGGCACGUUGGCAGACAACGACCAACAUGUCAACUUGUACUCGGCCUGCUCCGACUUUCAAUACGUCGGAGAGCAUCAUUUGCCGCGGUUUGGCGCCGGCGCCUUUCGUGCCGUCUUGGAGGACUUGUACAUGCGCACGACGGGCACAAAGUUACGCCAAACGCUGUUUGGGAAACCCGAGCCCACGUCGUUCGAGUUUGCGGAGAAGUUGCUCAGGCAUCAACUGACUGCCGAGGACGAGCGCCUGGCCGCCAUUUACAUGGUCGGCGACAAUCCGUACACGGACAUCCAGGGCGCGAAUGCGGCGGGGGGGCUGUGGAAGUCGGUGCUCACGCGGACUGGCAUGUUCCAAGGAGGACUCAAUCACGAUGACCAUCCCGCCGACGCGGUCGUGGCGGACGUCGGCGCCGGCCUCAAGUGGAUUCUCCAAGACUUUGACUCGAUCCCAUAGUGCACACUAGUACUACUACUAUUCAUAACUAGUAGUAUUAUGGAUGUACUACUCGGAACA